AUGUACAUAUGUAUAUAUCUCCCUCUUCACGCAGCUUCUUCUCACAUCGUCUUCAUCACCAUCACUUCUUUAUCUCUCAUCUCAAUCUCAGCCAUUAUCAUCAUCGUUGUGACACCGGAGUUGACGUCACGUUGGGGUCAUGAUUGUUUAACGUGGUUGGUUUCGUCGCCGUUCAUCACCGGAUUGUUAGAACAAUUUUUGGAUCCAAAAUCGGAGUUUCUGGUAGAGGUUUUAAGGAUCUAUUUCCCGUCGGAUCUGAAGGAAUCAAAUUGUGAAUUUGGUGUCGUUGGAAAGAUCUCGAGGAGAGCAAGAAUUAGCAAGUUUCGUUCUCACGAUCCAAGGGUUUUACGAGGCGUUUCUGGUCACUCAGGAGCAUUGAUAGACCCAACGACGGUGGUUUCUGACAGAGGAAGUGUCAGGGAAGCCACUGGAACCUUCAGAUCAAUUGGAAAAGGUAAUCCAUAG